AUGUCGCUCGCUCGUCAAAAUUACCACUCCGAGGUUGAGGCUGCCGUUAACAAACAAAUCAACAUUGAGCUCUAUGCCUCAUACGUCUACCUCUCCAUGUCAUUCUACUUCGAUCGUGAUGAUGUUGCACUUCCAAACAUUGCCAAGUUCUUCAAGAACCAAUCUGAUGAGGAACGUGAGCACGCCACUGAGCUGAUGCGCGUCCAGAACCUUAGAGGAGGACGUGUUGUUCUUCAAGACAUCCAAAAACCAGAUAAGGACGAGUGGGGAACCGCUUUGAAGGCUUUCGAGGCCGCUUUGGCUCUUGAGAAGUUCAACAACGAGUCACUCUUGAAGUUGCACUCAACUGCUGGAAACCACAAUGACGCUCACCUGACCGAUUUCAUCGAGGAAAAAUAUUUAGAUGAGCAAGUAAAAUCCAUCAAUGAGUUCGCUCGCAUCGUCGCCAACUUGAAGAGAGUCGGACCAGGAGUUGGAGAGUACGUCUUCGACAAAGAACACUUCUCCGAUUAA